AUGGCGCCAAAGAUUACGAAGGCCGAGAAGAAGAUCGCUUACGACUCGAAGCUCUGCCAGCUGCUGGAUGAGUACACGCAGGUUCUGGUGGCCGCCGCCGACAACGUCGGCUCGAACCAGCUGCAGAACAUCCGGAGAGGGCUGAGGGGCGACUCUGUGGUGCUCAUGGGCAAGAACACGAUGAUGAAGAGGUCAAUACGUAUCCACUCGGAGAAGACGGGGAAUAAGGCUAUUCUGAAUAUCAUCCCUCUCCUAGUUGGAAAUGUUGGGCUGAUCUUCACGAAGGGUGAUCUUAAGGAAGUCAGUGAGGAAGUUGCUAAAUACAAGGUUGGAGCACCUGCUCGUGUUGGUUUGGUGGCUCCAAUUGAUGUCGUUGUCCCACCUGGCAACACUGGUCUCGACCCAUCACAAACUUCCUUCUUCCAGGUCCUCAAUAUCCCUACCAAGAUUAACAAGGGUACGGUCGAAAUCAUCACCCCAGUUGAACUCAUCAAGAAGGGUGAAAAAGUGGGCUCCUCUGAGGCAGCCCUUCUUGCCAAGCUUGGGAUUAGGCCCUUCUCUUAUGGGCUAGUUGUCAUAUCUGUUUAUGACAAUGGGUCUGUAUUCAGCCCAGAAGUGCUCGACUUGACUGAGGAUGAUCUCAUUGAGAAAUUUGCUAUGGGUGUAUCAAUGGUCACUUCACUUUCGCUUGCCAUCUCCUACCCGACACUUGCUGCUGCUCCUCACAUGUUCAUCAAUGGUUACAAGAAUGUAUUGGCUGUUGCUAUAGACACUGAUUACUCGUUUCCCCAAGCUGAUAAAGUCAAGGAAUAUCUUGCUGACCCGAGCAAGUUUGCUGUGGCUGCUGUGCCUGUUGCGGCAGCUGAUAGUGGAGCUGCUGCUGCAGGUGGUGGUGCCGCCAAGGAGGAGGAGAAGAAAGACGAGCCUGCAGAGGAGUCUGAUGAUGACAUGGGCUUCAGUCUUUUCGAUUAA